AAAACAUUAAUAAUAAUUAAGUGUAAGGAAUAUGGGAUCAAACAAUUCAAAGACUACCCCUAACAUCAGUAGUACUAGUAGUCAAGUUAGGCCUACAAUAGUCAAUAACUAUUCACUGGACGUGGCCUACACUUACAGUCAGCCGUCGUCGGUCAGCAGCACCCGUGGGUUUGAUGUGACCACAAAUAAAGUCUAUACUAGUUAUACACUGGACAAUCGCCAGCCAUCGACAUCGACAACUAAACUACCGUCACCGCUACUGCCCGUAAGCUAUCCCUACAGUUCACAGCCGACGGUAAAGCCUAGGCCACAGCCGACACGACAAGUGUCGACGACGACGACCCAGAGUACUGAUUACAGACGACCAACAAUACAACCGCUGCCGCCGCCGCCAGCAACUAGUUGUACAUUACAUACCAGGAUGAAACUAGCGGCGGCAAACUCUAGGCUAACAUUGAGGCCAACAACGGAGCCACAAAAGUAUCAUCAGUUUGCCAGACUGGGGUCGUCGUCGUCGUCGUCUAGCUAUGGGUUGGCCAACACAACCGCAACCUCUAGUGCCGUAGCCGCCCGGCCGACGACGACGACGACGCCAACAAAUACUUUGAGAAUACACAACAAUCCGAUUCGGGCUAUUCCUGGUUCGGUGCGUACGGUGGCGGCGCCGGUGGUCACCACAAACAAUAGUAGCUUCAAUCGCCAGAUCAAUGAUAACCGUCAUCUCGUCAUAGCUGCCGAUGAAUCGGAAUCGGACGGUACGGACAGCAAUGUUGGUAUAGGAGCCUCUGCUUCCCGCCACCCGAGGCAGCGCUAUAGGAGGCGUAACAAAAACAACUACAAUAAUAAUAAUAAUAAUAAUAAUAAUGAGAUAAACAAACGUAAAUCAGUUAUACGAGGAUUGGAUACUACAGGUGUCGACAAUCUCCGGGAUUUUAUCGGACAACUGGUGGACAACUGGAAUUAUGCGGCAGUUAACGGCCAGAUGAUUGAAUCGGUAGAGCGUUGCGGUGGUAAACAACAACAACAACAACAAAAUGUGGCCAACGGUGGUGGUUAUAUUACACUGUUUGUUACGGCCGUAAGUAUAGCUGCCAGUCACGAACUAUUAGAUGCAGCGGCCAAACAUAGACGCGGUAGCCGUAUGUCGUGGACAAUAUAUAAGGAUCAUAAACCCAACGCUCGUAGCGUAUCAGUAGUCAAUAACCGGCCGCCACCGCCGCCACAGCCCGAAUCCCAGUCAGUGUAUGAAACGGUUGGCCAGUCGUCGUUGUCGUCCGAGAACCGGGAUCUGCUGCACAAUACUAGACAACAAGAUAGCAAUAUAACUAAAUGCAAAUCAGUAUUAAAAGGUGUGGACACCACUGAUGUCGGCAAUCUUACCGAUUUUGUUCGCCAAUUGGUCAACAAUUGGCGCGACGCUACAGUUAACGGUGCAAUGAUUGUUAUUGUCGAGUCUAAUGGCAAUAAACGGCCGGUUCCGCCCCGUCUGACACUGUUUAUUACGGCCACCAGUCCUGGCGUAUCGCAGGCGUUGAUAAUGGCCGCCAAACUUCGGGGACUUAAUUGGACUGAAUAUCAAGUGAGACAACCGUCUAAUAAUAAAAAUAAUAAUAAUAAUAACGGUUCAAAUAUCACCAAAAAUAAUACUACUAAUAAUAAAAGUAAUAAUAAUAAUAAUAAUCGCCAAAAAACAAAAACAGGCAAUACUAGUACCGGUAAACUACACUGUAAGCUAUGUUUGGAUGACAUACCCAAAGACAAGUGUCAACAGUUUACCGGAUGUCGGCACCAGUUUUGUACCGAUUGUUUGGCCCAGUAUUUGGACACUCAGAUAACUGAUGGUACGGUACAUCAUAUCAAAUGUCCCGAUGACCAGUGCACCGGUAGUGGUGGUGGUGGCGGUGAGGCAUCCUAUGAGUUAAUAUGCAAACUGUUGAGCCCUAAAUCGCUGGUCAGAUAUCAUAAACUGUUGCUCAAGAAAACUGUCGAUGUUAUGGACGAUAUGGCCUAUUGUCCCAAAUGUAACGACUCGGUUGAUAUCGAUAACAGUAGAAACUAUGGCUACUGUCAGAAAUGCGAUUACGCGUUUUGUACGAGUUGUAAUCGCAAAUAUCAUGGCCAACAGCGCACGUGCACUGAGGCACUGGUAGAUCAGGCCAAACACGCGGUCGAAAAUCGCGAAUCAGAAGAGUUUAUUCGCACGCAUUUCAAACAGUGUCCCAAAUGUCGGAUACGGUGUGAGAAAAUUGAUGGUUGCAAUCAUAUGCAAUGUAAAAUGUGCAUGGUACAUUUUUGUUGGCUAUGUUUGGAUGAUAUUACCGAUAAUGAUGAGAUACAACAGCGACACUGGAGGGCUAAAUGUAAACUAUUUGAUUAUGAAAAUAUUUUGGGAUAUUAAUUACAACUAAUAUUAAUUAUUAUUAUUAUUA